AUGGUCAAGUAUUUCUGCUGCGCAGGUUUACUGAAAUGCUCCUGGGACCAAGUUUGCGUUGCUUUCUGGCAACGGUAUCCAAACCCCUACAGUAACCAUGUUCUGACUGAAGACAUCAUUUUCCGAGAGGUAACCCCCAGCAACUGCCUCAUUUCCAGACGUCUUUUGACCAAAACGAGCCGGGCGCCACGCUGGAUGGAACGCUAUCUUCCAAAGCACAUGGCUAGCUGUGCGUACAUCGUGGAGGACUCCGUUGUGGACCCUCAGAACAGAACGAUGACCACGAUGACGUGGAACAUUAGUCAUGCUCGUCUUAUGUCUGUGGAAGAGCGAUGCCAAUAUCGAAUUAACCCUGAGAAUGGCAGCUGGACUGUAAUAAAUAGAGAGGCUUGGAUUUCGUCCAACGUGUAUGGUCUCUCGAGAGCUGUUCAGGAAUUUGGUCUCGCAAGGUUUAAGAAGAGUGUUACUAAGACCAUGAAGGGUUUUGAAUAUGUGCUGGCCAAAAUGCAAGGUGAAACGCCAUCAAGGAGUUUGGCAGAAGCAGCAACAGAGCGUGCAAGAGAGACAGCGCUGGCAGCUAAGGAGAAAGCCAAAGACUUAGCCUCACAGGCUCAGAAGAAACAAUACGUGUGA